CAGAUUGAGCAUUAUGAUCGGCACAUUCUUCUCCAUUUCAAACACCCUGAUAGGAGGAAAUGUUUUGUCUGAGGGAUUUUAUUGCUUUCAUUCUCUGUGUCUUGUUUGUUAUCAAAUUCAAUCAUGGUUCUGAGAUUAUCAAUGGGAGAGAAGUGGCGCCCCACUCGUUGCCCUACAUGGCUCUCCUGGAGACAAGCAAACCAGUCUGUGGAGGAAUACUAGUUGAUCCAAAAUGGGUUCUGACUGCUGCACACUGCACAAAUAUUAAGACUGUGUUGCUGGGGGUGCACUCCAUCAAAGAAAAGAAGAAGGAACAGCAGUACAGGCAGAUCCGUAAGGUGAAGAGAAGUGUUCCUCACCCUUGCUAUGAUAGCAAAGAAAAAAACAACGAUCUUAUGUUGCUCAAGCUGGACAAGGCAGUGAAGCAAACCACAUGGGUGAAAACUCUCAAGCUGAAUAAAGUUGUCAAUGAGCCAGCAGCCGGUUCAGUCUGUAAGGUGGCUGGAUGGGGAAAAACCGAAAAUGAUGCAACUACCAUGUCAGAUGUUUUGAUGUCCACCAAUGUGACAGUGAUCGACAGAAUGAAAUGCAACUCAAAAGAUUAUUACAACCUUAGUCCUUAUAUAACUAAGAACAUGAUAUGUGCUGGGUGGAAUGGCAAAAUCAAAGCUGACACUUGUCAGGGAGAUUCAGGAGGGCCGAUAUUGUGCAAUGAAGAUCUAGUUGGAGUUACGUCUUUUGGGCAUAAGUGUGGAAUUCAAAACAGACCUGGAGUGUACGCUUUCCUCACUGAACACAACCUUAACUGGGUCAAGAAGACAAUGAAGACAAAUGAAUAAACCCUGCUUUUCAUUUUUGCUGUUAAACUCUUUCAAGCACCUCUGUGAUUCCGUCUUUAUGUUGCUGAAGGAUGCAUGUGCAGACAACAAGUGAACAAAAGAUUGAGUUAAAUCAAACCUUGAAAACAGUUUCUGAAAAUCUAUUUAAAAGAAUCACGAAUAAAACAUUAUAUUUCUGGCCAUGUACUGUCAGAUUAAUCAA